AACUAAUAUGCUUCAAUUACAGCAACGGUCAAAAGCCCACAACUUGGUUCCAUCUGUUGAAUGAGAAGACCCAUCAUCUCUCAGUACUCCCCAUCUCUUUGUAAUUUUCACAAUUCUGGGCAAUCUCCAACUUCUUUACCUUCUCAUUCGGCACCAUUUGAGAAUUGAGACGCAAAAACGAUAGUGGCGUGACUGGUUGCUGACAAGUUCAACCACCCAACUUUUACCAGUCUAUUUAAGGACAAUGGUUUUUUUUAUUACUAAUUAAUUAACUUUUGAGGUUUAGGGGUUUAGAGAGAGAAAAGAGAGAAACCAAAAAAAUGGGAGAGGCAUUCGCUUAUAAGGAAUACUUAGCUGGUUUACUUGCUGGUGUCGCCACUGUUAUUACUGGUCACCCUUUUGUCACUGUCAAGGUGAAGCUGCAGAUACAUAAUACAGAAGCACAUGGGAUUAAGUACAAGAAUGGCUUGCAUUGCACUACUAGGAUACUACAGACUGAAGGAGUUAAAGGACUGUAUAGAGGGGCAUCAUCAUCUUUUGUUGGGAUGGCUUUUGAGAGUUCCCUUCUUUUUGGCGUAUAUUCUCAAACAAAGCAGUCAUUGCAGGGAGGAUUGCAAGGUGAUGUGCCUCGACCCCAAGUAAUAAUUCCAUCAGCAGCAUAUAGUGGAGCUAUUAUCAGUUUCUUAUUAUGCCCAUCAGAGCUAGUAAAAUGUAGGAUGCAAAUUCAAGGAACUGACUCCUUGGUUCCAGAGUUCAGUAGAUACAGCAGCCCUCUUGAUUGUGCCCUCCAAACAGUGAAAAAUGAAGGGGUGACAGGCAUUUUUCGUGGAGGUUUUACAACGUUGUUGAGAGAAUCUAUUGGAAACGCAGUCUUCUUUAGUGUUUAUGAGCAUGUUCGUCAUUACAUGCAUUUACAAUUGAAACCCACUUUAUCUGACCGCAGCAAUUUAGUUGACAUGGGGAUUGGAAUUGUGACUGGUGGCGUAGCUUUUUGGUCUGCAGUUUUGCCUUUGGAUGUGGCGAAAACCAUUAUCCAGACAUCUCCUGAUAAAAGCUCCACAAGAAAUCCAUUUCUAAUUCUGAACUCUAUCUACAGAAGGGCUGGACUUAAAGGAUGUUAUACGGGUUUGGGUCAGACAAUAGUGAGAGCAUUUCCUGCUAAUGCCGCCGCAAUAGUGACCUGGGAGCUAGCCAUGAAAAUGCUAGGGAUAAACCGUGACUAAAAAGUGAUAGCUAAUUACCAAGGAUUUCUAAUUUUUCAUUGCAUCACCAUUUUUGGUUUGACUCAUGAAGUUCUCUACAUUGGAACUGGGGUGAUUCUAAUAUAAAAUUUAAGCUCCAGAUAGUAUUUCUUCAAGAAUAGUGCUCUGAUAUUGCUGUCUGAAAGAGAAAAUGAUCUUUGUUUGACUUACCAGAUUUUAUGAAGGUUGUGGAAUUAAUUGUGUCCUCUGUUUGAAGAUGCUUAUGCAAGUCAUGUUCCAAUACGCAGACCUUUGGUUACAUAGUGGUUUUUGAAGUACCUUUGAUUAGAAGGACCAUUUUUUA